AAUAAAACGCCAGCCGGCCAAUACGGUUGCGUUGCUUUGCAUCUAAGGAGUAAAUAAGACGAAUUCCCCUCAUCCGCCGUUAACACCCCCACUCAGCCCCGGCGAUCUGCUCCGACAACUCCACCGCGUGCACGGCAGCGAACCGUUGAUCUCUCUCUCUCUAUCUAAGUGCUUGUAUUCUGUCUGUUUCUAUCCGGUUCAACGAUUAUCCGAAUCCGUGGAAAUGGUUUCGUUCGAGAUGAACGAUCGAAAAAAGAUUGGUUUAGGGUUGACAGGGUUUGGAGUGUUCUUUUCAUUCUUAGGAAUCAUCUUCUUCUUCGACAAGGGGCUAAUUGCCAUGGGAAAUAUUCUCUUUGUAUCAGGGGUGGCCUUAACAAUUGGUCUGAAGCCAUCCUUGCAGUUUUUCAUGAAACGUAGCAACUAUAAGGGCACAGUGUCAUUCGGAGUUGGUUUUUUCUUGGUUAUCAUUGGAUGGCCUAUCUUGGGGAUGAUUCUUGAGGCUUAUGGUUUUGUUGUGCUUUUUAGUGGGUUCUGGCCGACUUUGGCAGUUUUCCUGCAAAAGAUACCUGUUCUUGGGUGGCUCUUUCAGCAGCCUUUUGUUAGAUCGUUCUUUGAUCGCUACCGAGGAAAACGAGUACCAGUCUGACUUUAGUGUUGACAGCUUUACAGGAGAUUCGAAUGACCAUCUCCGAGACUCUCUCCCCCAUACAAAUGUACGGUCUGCGAAACACGGCCCUCAAGCGUGUUACCCGUUACCACUCAACCAGCACCAGUAUGACAACACUUUAGUAUUUGCUCUCAGGUCGAUGCUAGCUACUACAUGGUUUGGUUAUGGUCUUUUUUUUACUUUAGUGCUCUGUAGCAGUUUUACCUUUUCAUAGCUGUUGUGUAAGCCUUUUUUUAUCUUUGGAGUAAUCCUUUCUACAUCCACAAUCCAUUUGUAUCGGGGGUUUCGGUUCAUUCGUGGUAAAAUUGUAAAUACCGUGUUUUUAGUCUCCUGGUAACAAUUGGAAUUACACCAACUAUUGAACUGGAACUUUUGGUGUCAUUAAUAAUAGCUGUGCCAUUUU